GCUCGAGAACCGAAUGUUAUAAACGGCCGAUUCGAACAGCACGCAAGCCAGUAUCAAUCAUCACAGUAGAUCAUAUCAUUCAUCAGGAAAGUCAAUCAAAGCUUCGCCAACGCGAGUGGAUGCAUAGUGAAUCGAUAAAUCCUGAAAAUGUCUCGAUUAAUAAACAACGUUGAACCUUUUAUCCGAGAGUUUUAAUCUCUACCGAAAGCUGGAUAUCAUCAUAUCUAUUCAUAUCUAUAUCAUCAUAGCUAUUCUAAUCGCGACGACAGCUGGCUUAAGCGGGUCAUCGAGGCUAAUGAAUCGUUCGGGAAGAGAUCGACGACGCGGAAAAAGAAGCAAUCCGCCAUCUGGAUCGCUGAUGAUCUUAUAAGCUGACGUGGUAUGCGUGCGUUAAGUCAUCGCGUUGCGUGUCCCACGAUCAGUAGAGCCCGCGGAAUCGUAUGCGAAAUGCGUGCAUUAUUUCCAUACGAUAAGACUUUUUGACUCUUCGAGGAUUCAUAGUGAAAAAACAGUCUGUAAUUAAAUUCUAAGUGUUCAGAAGAUACUUUGUGACACAUCGAACGUGCACACGAUACACAUAUACAGAAAUGAUGCGCGUCGAAAAUUCCAACAAUCCUUUUGCAUAAAUUUUUUCGUUUUAAAUAGACAGAAAAUUGCAGUAAUUGCGUUUACUCUCGUGGUUGAGAACAUUAAGGUUUUCAUAACGCGAGAAAAAUGAAAGUGCAAUUACGACGGAUAAGAAUUGCGUUUAGUUUGAUAGUGCUGUUAUCCAUAUUUGAGUUUUGUAUGAGCAACAACGAUACGAGGAUCAGGAAGAUGCGCAUAAUCAAAAAGUUAAAGAAGGAUUUCCGAAGGCUGAAGAAGCAGGAGGGAGCUCUAAAGCUGAUAGGAGGCGAAAAUGGCGAUUACGAAGGAAACGUGGAAAUACUUCACGAUGGAAAGUGGGGCGGUAUAUGCGAUGACGAAUGGGACGACUUGGAGGCACGUGUGGUUUGCAGGCAAUUAGGCUUCAACGGGGCAAUUAAAGCGACAACAUACGGCCACUUCGGUCAGGCCAGAAGAAGAUACUGGAUGGACAACGUUUACUGCGACGGAUCGGAAGACGAAAUUGCAAAAUGUCGUUUCGACGGAUGGGGUGUCUCCGAUUGCGGUAGCAACGAAGCGGCCGGCGUCAUUUGCUUGCACGAUGAAAAAACGGAAGCAUCAUCGUCACCGAGCCCGCAGGAAGAAUUAUCGAAGGCUAGAAUAAAGGAUAUAUAUGAGCAAGGUAUGGCGUUACGAUUAUCCGGAGGACGCGUGCAUUCCGAGGGCCAAGUGGAGAUUAAAUUAGGCAAUAAAGAGUGGAGUACCGUCUGCGGUGACAGUUGGUCCAUUCUCGAAGCUGCUGUGGUUUGCCGUCAAUUGGGCCUCGGUUAUGCUUCCGACGCGAUACAGACUAAUUUUUUCGACAAUCGGAAGUCAAUGCCGAUAUCGAUCAGCGGAAUACAGUGCAAUGGAAACGAGGAAAAUCUGGCUGAAUGCCAGCACGACAAGAUUGUAGAUUGCCCAGGGACGGUGCAGAAUGUGGCGGGGGUGAUAUGUCAUCGAGAGAUGGCCGAUCUUGUGUUCGAUCAUAUCGAGCUGAUGCGCACCGCGCAUCUUGAGGAUCGUCAGCUUUAUUGGCUGCAGUGCGCGAUGGAGGAGAAUUGCGUGGCCUCACAGGCCUAUAAAGUGCAGCAGGAAUCUGCGAAUUGGCAUCUAGAGACAAGACGAUUGUUGCGUUUCACAGCGAGAAUUUUGAACGCCGGCACCGCAGAUUUCCGUCCGUCAGUACCCAAGCACUUGUGGGAAUGGCACAUGUGUCACAUGCAUUAUCACUCGAUGGAAGUAUUUGCUACUUUCGACAUAAUCGAUUCAAGCGGCAAUAAAGUAGCCGAAGGCCACAAAGCAUCCUUCUGUCUCGAGGACAAUCAAUGUAUGCCCGGUGUUCAACCCAGAUACAAAUGCGCCAAUUACGGAGACCAAGGUAUUUCCGUUAAUUGCAGUGACAUUUACAAGCAUAAUAUCGACUGCCAGUGGGUGGACAUUUCCGAGCUCGAGCCAGGACAUUACACACUCAAGGUCGCAGUGAACCCCGAAUUCAAAGUUGGCGAGAUGUCGUUCGAUAACAACGCAGCGAUCUGCCGUCUGCUUUAUACAGAAACUUUUGCAACAGUCCACAGUUGCAUAAUGGGACGUCCUUGACACGCUGCGCACGAUUGCGGGGAUUUUUCUAGUAGGCAAUCCAGGGGGUGAGAUUAAUGCUGGCGUUGGCUGCGUGGACACGAUGAACAAAAAGCUAGAAUGCAUCAUGAAUUUAAUAAAAUAUUUUUGCAACGUACACAGAUUUUCUCGUCCGCGCGCGUCAGUGAAUUUAAAUGGAUUUCAGACAAUAUGCAAGAUACAUCAUAUGAGAUUUAAAAAAUAAUUUUUGAAAUGAAUGGAAGAAAACCGGAUUGUUGUUUUAACAUUGUUACACUACUUUAAAAAUUCAUAUUUAGGAAUAU